AAUUGUUUCUUUCAUGAAAGUUUAGGAACGAAAAUUGCUUUUCAAACCUUAAUAAACCACUUGCUCUUGGAGAAGCAAAUUUCUCGAUUUCAUUAUGACCGAUUCAUUAUCUUUCAAGAAUAAGGUAAGCUUAGGCCUUUUGGUUAUUAUCAAACUAUUGGUGUGAAAGACAUGGGAUGAGGCAAAUGCCCAUAAACCUCACCUGCAAUGCAAACAUGGGCUUUAUGACAAGAUAAGCUUUUCCUCAUUUUCACAGCAUGGGCAACUUCCUUUCUCUCUUUUUGUUAAUUAUUACAAGUCCAUAAGAAAAUUGAGACAAAGAUAAAAGAAAAACUUAGAAAUAAAAUGAGAUAAGUGAAAAUAAAAAGAGCUUAGAAAUCUCAAAAGCAACAAUAUGGCUUCAAUUGCUAUCUCUGCCUCAUUGCCAAGAGCAUCCAAUUCAAAUCAUGUCUCCAUGAAGAAAAAACAACGUGUUCAUCUAGCUAAACCCGGCUAUUCCUCAACGACGAAAAACCCAACACCAAAGGUAAUUAGUACUCUUGAUGUCGUGAACCGAGACGAUGGUGCUGCACAGCAGUAUCGUCGUGGAAAUGCUGCAUCAGCUGUGGUUAAGGAAGAGGAAGAUAAUAAUGAUGAUUGGAAUAACAAUGGUGAAAGAUUUACUGAUAAGAGAUGGAAAAAUGGAACUUGGGAUCUCAAUAUGUUUGUACAGAAUGGUAAGAUGGAUUGGGAAGGUGUCAUUGUUGAAGAAGCAAAGAGGAGGAAGUUUCUUGAAAUACAUCCAGAAGCAGCUACAAAUCAAGAACCUGUGGUCUUCAGAAGCUCCAUUAUACCUUGGUGGGUAUGGCUCACCAAGUCCUACCUUCCACAAGCCGAACUACUUAAUGGUAGGGCAGCGAUGAUAGGGUUCUUCAUGGGGUAUGCAGUGGAUGCAUUAACAGGAGUUGGAAUAGUUGGGCAAAGCGGGAAUUUCAUAUGCAAAACAGCUCUUUUUUUAACUGUCAUUGGCGUGUUGCUGUUUAGGCAAAGUGAAGAUAUUGAGAACUUAAGGAAUAUAGCUGAAGAAGCCACCUUCUAUGACAAGCAAUGGCAAUCUUCAUGGCAAAAACCAAAAUGAUAUCAUAAUUAAUACCCCUAAUCAACGACAUAAGCAAAAAAGGCAUUUAAUUAUCUCUCUCUAUGUAUAUUUUGUUUCAAAAAAUUAGACUUGUUUUUAACUCUCUUUA